AUUCACGAACUAACCAACGAAGAAAGAUGGCGACUAGUUCUUCGAGUUAUGGGAUUGAACAACUUCAAAAAGGAUGUUACUAUGAGUGGAUGAGUGUGCAGGCUAAACACAUAGUUGAUCUCAAAGAAGCACUCAUGAGUCAUCGAUCCAAAGAAGAUCACAAGCUUGAAGAACUCGUUGGUAAAAUCGUCAAUGACUUCCAAAAAUACACCGAAAAACGAUCUGAGCUCUCUCGCCGAAGCUGCUCAAGCUACUUUGCACCGUCGUGGAACUCUCCUCUAGAGAACGGUUUACUAUGGAUGGGAGGAUGUCGUCCAUCGUCUUUCAUUAGAGUUAUUUACUCUCUUUGUGGAUCCCAAGCCGAAACGCAGCUUUCUCAGUAUCUUCUAAAGAUCGAUGAAAAUGUCGAAGUAAACCAUGGUGGUUCCAUGAGUGAUCUAAACGCGUCGCAGCUUGCAAAAAUCAAUGAUUUGCAUAUAAAGGUUAUAGAGAAAGAGGACAAGAUAACAAAGAAAUCGGCGAAUUUGCAAGAGAAUGUUGCGGAUAUGCCUAUAGCCAUCGCGGCUUAUGCCACGGACUUGAUGAAUGGUGACGUGGUGGUGGAAGAUGCUUUAGAUAAGUAUGAGGAGGGCAUGGCGGUUUUAAUGGUGGAAGCUGAUAAACUGAGGUUUGAGACGCUUAGGAAGAUCGUGGAUGUUGUUACGCCGGUUCAAGCGGCGGAGUUUUUGCUCGCAGGGAAAAGAUUACACAUAUCAUUGCACGAGUGGGGAAGAGUUAGAGAAGAGCAACGUUUUGGGUGUGUACGUACGGAUGCAGCGGCUGCCACGGGAGGAGCGGGAACCGAGAAGUCAAAGAGGUCAAGCUUGUUGAUGUGAGUUUAAAGUUGAAUAUAUAUAACUUGUGUUAUAUUUGUCUAUGUAGAGAUAAAAUCGUGUUUAAGUGUCUUUAUGUGUAAUAUAUGUAUGAGAGAGUGCGGCUAGUUUCGAGAUGAUGCAAGCAUAAGCUUUUGCUUUUGUCUUAUAUAAUAACAAAAGCUGAAAAC